AUGCUGGUGAGGUAUUUAUUUCUCUUUCCCACUGUACUUUCAAUUAUGAUACAAAGGGAACUCGGAUCAAUUUACUUAACGGAAGGAGAAUCUUAUGAGCUAUACUUAUUAGACUAUUUCAGUGGAAACAAUCUAUCUUUUGCAAUCUCAGAUUCCAAUAUGACAACUGGCUCAGCAAUGCUUGAAAAUAAAUGCGAAUUUGAGAUGCUAGCAUUCCUCCCAUUUCAAAAUUCAAGCUGAAAUGAAACCUGAACCCAUUCAUCUCUCCAGCCUUUAAUAUCCUGAAAGCCGAUUUUUGAAUCAUAUGAAAUCAUAAUAUGGUAUAAUCUUAAAUAUGUAGUUUUUUAUAACUUCUUUUCAGAGAGAGGAGAAAUUGAAAUGCUUUGAAAUGGAUUUAUUGACUCAGAGUAUCUAAGUCCUCAAAUAGAAGAUAUUAAAAUUUAUUCAAGUGACCAUGGCCAAAUCUCUUACGCUCUAAUAUGAGUAAAGCAGCAGGAAAAUGCUCUUAUAUGGAGAAACGAUUUUUAUUAUAUGAAUUUAUCAAAUUUAUCAGCUCUAGUAAAUCCAAAAUGAGUAAACAUCAGUGAAGCUACUUAUGCCUCUAAUAUAAUCUUAACUCAUGGGGCCAUUAGCAGCAUAACUUCUAUUUAUCUUGAAUUCUCAUCCUCACCUAGUGCAAUUUAUGUAUAUAAUAUAACAAACAUUGAAGAGCCUAUCCUUACUCAAGUAAUAUCAAAAUAUUAUGGAAUCUCAAUAAACAAACUUUCAGUUGCUAGUAUGUACAUGGAUUCUAUCUAUUUGUACGUUCUUGAUGCAAAUUUUGGAGUUAUUGGGUAUAGUAUGUUUAACUAUCGGGGUAGAUUUUUUACAGAAUAUGCAUGAAAUUAUUAUGGCUAUGUUGGGACUCUCAGUUCUAUGUGAAAAUCUUAUAAUGACUGCCUGGGAGUAAUUUCAAGCUCAGGAAUAUUGUUUGUCAAAAAUUCGCUGCAGCAAUUAUCAUUCAGUUUUCUGGGAGGGGAAGGAAUGAAUUGGGAGAAUGGUUGCCUUCAAAUUAUUGAAGAUUAUUACUUCGUGCAGUCUAUUAAUGGAGUUUUAUCAGUUGCUUUAAGCAGAGCACAGCCGCUUCAAAUAUUAUAUAAUAUUGAUAUAAGAAAUCUAAUUGGAGAAAGAUUUGAAGCAACUGGACAAUGGGGAUUUUUUAUAAAUGAGGAUAUAUUUUAUUUGAGGUUUGAUAUGGAUGGCUUAAGGAUUUAUAAAGCAUACUUAGAAGAAUGAAGAAUUAAAAUUUGGGGAAAUUCAACUUACCAUAUCCAAAUCACUGCAAAAGAUCAAAAUGAUGACAUAAUUUCCAAUAAUUUAUAUGUCAACUCAAUUCCUCAAAAAUCACAAGAAAUUUUGCAAAUUGACAUGUAUCGGCCAACUUCCAUUUCUCCUAUCGAAUUGAUAGCUGACGGACAAAAUGGAACCUCAUUUUCUAUAGUUUUGAAUGAUUAUUUUUCGGGUCCAAAUCUUGAAUUCACAAUAGUUGAUCUUCCCGACUUAAAUACUGCUAGUUUCGAAAUCAUUAGUAUGAACAAACUGAAAUUAUAUCAAAAUGUUUCUCUGUCAAGCAACAUUACAAAUUUUGUAAUUUCUGGAGAAAAUAUCGUAUCUUUUUAUGAUGAUAAAGUUAUUAUAGUUGAUCGAAAUGAUGACGAUAUAAUUAUAGAUGUUACCAAUCCAAUAAAAUUUUUAUGAAGCAGAGACUACAUCAUAUAUUCUAAACCAAAUCAGAAUUCGUUUUUAAUUAGCACAUAUCUUUCUUUUGAAGGAAAAAUUCAGGACAUUCCAUCUGAAAUAGAUUGUAUUUUCUUUUUAAUUACUAAUUGGAAUCUUAUAUGCGCAGAUUCGCAUCAAAUUGACAUAUAUUACAAUAAUGAUACCUAUUACUAUGCUCCAUUGGUUACUUUAACUGGUGAGCAAUUUGAAAAAGGCUCUUCUUGAAAUAUAACAGAUCUAACGGUAUCUUUCUCAACCCCAUCUAUACUUUACAUUUAUAUAAUAGAUAAUGAUUUAGGUGCAGUUAUUAUAGACUUAAAAAGUAUAAUUGAAACAACUGAACCUUAUAAUUAUUAUGGAAAAGUAUCAGGUGCUAAAAAUGCUAUAAAUACAGGAAGUGAAAUUUGUUUUGUUUUUGAAAAUUUCAUUGAGAUAUAUGGAUAUUCUUUAGAAUAUUCGAAAACAAUUUUGACAAAUAUAUAUGAGCCUAUUGUUGGAACAUAUGGAGAGUCAAAUAUGAUUUAUUUGAUAACUAGUAGUGCUUUAUAUAUCUUUGAUAGCGGCCAGCCCUCACAUAAUUCUUUAUUUUAUACAUUGCCUAUUAGCAAUCCAAGCCUGCUAUCAUUUGGGUUAUUUAACUGAGGAGAUAUGAGAAUUGCUAAUUUCAAUCCUGAUAAGCACUAUGUUGAAAUCUAUACAAGCCCAUGCCCUAAUAAAGAAUUCAAUGAGGGAUGCUCAUUUUAUUAUGAAUUUUAUAUGCACAUUGGCAACUCUGAUUACUUAAAAGACUUUUCUUUGCAAACAAGCAUUUCAAUAGCUGCAUUUAAUAAAGAAAAUUUAUUAAAAGAAACUUUCCCUAUAAAUUUGAUAAUUAACGGAAAUUUCCCUUGGUAUAAAGAAGAAAAUUGAGAAAAUAAUAAAAAUAUUCCAUAUAAUGAGAGAUACGAAUUAGAUUUAAGUAAAUUUUUUGAGGGGCAAAAUAUUUUGAUGGCUUUGUCUGUUAAUGGAAAUUACUCUUUCAAUGAAACAGUAGAUAACUGGCCUGCAGUCAUUCCUCAGCGAACUGAAUUACUGGGAAGAUACGAUUUGAAUAAACAUUAUGGUAAGACUAAUCAUAUUAUUAUACCCAAUACAGAGAUCGCUGUAAUAUUGUCUUUUUCUGAAUUAUUCAUAAUCGAUGCUACUGGGUUGACGAAUAAAGCUUUGGUUUUGAACUUAACUGAGAUUUCAAAUAUUACAGAUUUGAUAUGCAACUUUAUGGAAGUUUUCCCUCACACACAAAAUAAUCUCGCUUUAUUAAUAACAUCAUGCAUUUACUCAUUCCGUGUGCGAGAAAAACCAUUGGAAAAAUCCCGAUUUUUUGUCCAAAAUUUUUUUCUGAAACAAAAAUUUGACAUAUAAGCGAUAAUUAGUAUAAUGAACUCUAGCUAAUUCUAAUUAAUUUUUAACAAAUUGCAUUUAAAAACAUAACCUUUAAAAAUUAAAUAAAUAUUUGCUUUCCAAUAUUGGGAAUUGGGAUUUUUGGCAAAAAAAUUAGUAUAAAAUAUAUAUAUACAUUUUUUUUAAAAAAAAAUUAACCCCCUCCAUAAGCGAAAAAAAAUAUUUAUUUUCACUUAUGGAGGGGCUGAAUUAUAGAAUUCCAGAAAUAAUUGAAUAUAAAAGCACAACCACCUAUAUUUCGGAAUUUGCUUAUGGUAUUGCUCUAUGAGAGUUAGAUUAUAUAAAUUUUGAAAUAAUUAAAUACAAACUCCUUAAUACAUAUAGCGAUCACAAUUAUCUAAAAGUUGCCCCUCUUGAUGCUCAAAGUUUCGAGAUUUUGGCUUUUUAUAUUGACGAUACAACUCAAAAUUAUAUAAAUAACAUUUAA